AUGCUUAAAUGGGCAGUAACACCGCGUUUGAACAGUGAAUUCUCUGAAUAUGAUGAAUCUCAAGAAGAUGAUACUGAUGAAUUAUUAUCAUUUCAAACUGUGAUCGAACAACAUAAAUUACCUUGUCUUGUUCAAAUUGUUGAUAAUGAUACAAAUGAUUCAAAUGAUGAUAAUUAUUAUAUUUUACUUUGCAAAACAAAUGAUUCAUAUUUAAGUGUUUCAAACGAAACGAAACAAUUUUCUAUUCCAAUUUCAUUUGAUGGUUUGUUUGCUAUAGUCGAACGUGGUGUAACUCAUUAUAAUAUUGUUCAAUCAAUUCAUUCUCUACGAUCACAUUUCAAGUCUUAUUCAUCAUUUCCAUAUACACAUUUUACAAUAUUACAACCACAUAUGGCAUAUAGUAAUUCAUCUCUUUGUCGUGUAGAACCAGGUACACUUCUUGAGCCAUGUCACAGUUCAACUGGAGGACCUUCGUCUUUAACAUCAGCAACAGGAAUUCGUUUACGUACAUUAUUUGCCAGUCUUCCACAUUCACUUAAUAAACAUUUAUUAUCUAAUCAAAAACAUUCAAUAAAAAAACAAUUAUCGUCAUCGUCAUCAUCAUCAUCAAAUGAACAUUUUGAAGUAAAAUCAAAUUUACACGAUGAACUUUUUACUUUAAAAUCUGAUUCUCUUGGAAUUUUUGUUCCUGUAUAUACGCAAUUAUCAUCAAUUAAUUCUCAGUAUCAAUUACCUUCUUCUCCUUUUUCACCAAACCAUAUUCAAGGUUUAUAUACAACGAAUGUAUUAAGUAAAUUAUCUAAUCAAUAUCCACUUAUAACCGAACUUAUUAUAAGUCGUACAUUAGAAGAAUACGCUUCAACAACUGUUAAAUAUCCUUUUCGACGGUUAACAUUUCAUCGUCUUAUUGAAAAUCAUCCACGUAUUAUUGCAUUUGAUAUAAAAAAAUAUGCAUUUAUUGAAAUUGAUGUACAAAGUUCACUUGAUAUGUAUACUAUCAAACAUAACAGUAAAUUAUUUCAACAUUAUCAAGAACAAAUACGUUGGUGUCGUAAAUAUCUUCCAUUAUUUCGUUCACAAAUAAAAACAAUUGUUCACCUAUCUGAUGAUACAACGAUGUUUUUUCAAGCAACACAAUUUCAUCAAGAAUAUCAACAUCGUCGAAAUACAUCAUCAGCAACAUGUUCAUCAGUUAUUAAACAUAUACCAAAAACAGUAUAUACAUCACAUGAUAUAGUAUCAUCAAAUAAUUUACAUAGUCAAAAUUGCUUAGCAUCAAAAUUUUAUACAAUAUCAAAUCAUGCUAAAUAUGAACAAAAACAACGACAUAAAGAAAUUAUAAGAAAAAAUGCACGAGUUCAUUUUAAUGAUUCAACUAUUGAAAGACAUUUUCAAUCGAAACAUAUAUCAAUGAAUAAAAAACAUCCACUCUAUCGAAUAAAUAAUACGGAAAAUGAACAAAUUCAUGGUAGUGAAGAGAAUGAAGAUACAUUUCAAUGUACAGCACUAUAA